GUUGAACUGAAUCGACAAAAUCUGGCAACCCUCGGGCGUGUUGUCCAGCGCUCUUCAUCUCAUAUUACAGUAGAGGACUGUGGAGCAUUUCAGAGACCUGCGAGAGGAACAGCGAGGAGAUAUUCAGCAUGGCUUUGACCAUCCCCACCGUCCUGGCCUUUACGGCUACUUUAGUUGUUACCGCAGUUGCAAGUAACUGUGAUAGCUACUUCACCAUCAAUGGUAUAUACAAACCAUCCCAGGAUUGCUCGUUUCUGCAGUUCUGCUGUGGUAGCUGUGACAAUCGGUAUUGCUGCUCAGAUCCCUUCAGAAAACUCGAUGAUGACUUCUGCGUGCAUUUCUCAAAUUUCAGCACGGUCACCAUCGUUGGAAUUGUAGUGUCUUUUAUCAUCUUUAUCAUAUUCAUCAUAGCCUGCUGCGUUUGCCCCUGCUGCUGCUUGUACAAAAUGUGCAGAAAACCCAGGCCGGUGUUGACCACAACCACAGUUGUAUCCCAUCAGUUUUCUCAGCAGCAGCCUCCAAACCCUGCAACUCAGUAUCCAAGCUACCAGCCAGUUCCUGCACAGCCUGGCUUUAGUGCACAGCCUGGGUAUGGAGGUCAGAUCAUGCCCCCUGCCCCAUAUCAGGGCCAGCCCUAUGCACCAGGACCGCCGCCUCCAUACCAGGAGAGUGGCGCAUAUCCUGCACCAUACAGCCAGGCUGCCUAUGAUGGGUCUAAGGCUCCGUACCCCAUCAGUCCUCCAGUGCAGCCCGGCUACACUCACCCUCCUCCCCAAACUGAAUUAAAUGUAACUCAGCCUCCGUACAACCCAGCCUACGUUGAGCCGCCCAGAACAGGAUACUAAACCACCACUGUCUGACACCUGCUGGAUUACAGUCACCCACAUACUUCUACUUCGGGUCACCACUAGUCCUAUAUCUACUACAUUUACCAUGGAAAGCCACAAGCAUACGACUCUUUCUAUCAUGUGAUCAGAUUGUUAUUCUCCCAGAUCGUUACGGCGUAAAUAUUCCUUAACCACAAUAUCAACUGCAAAGAUACUAAACACAAUGGACUCCAAAGCUUUCCGUGGAAAAUCUAGAUCGUAUAGAACCUGUUCAAUGACUCUGAGCCAUACUCUGUGCUUUUUUUGGUUGUUAAGAAGAAAAGGGAAUGAUGUGGUUUGAAAGCGUGUGAAUGAACCAGUGAAAAACCAGUGCAUAUUUUUUUGUUCCAUUAUAAUAAGUGUAACAGUGUUUGGUGCAGGGACUGAGCCCAAUACCCCGGGGCUUACUCAGAGUUCAGCUGUUACCUUUUAACACUGUAUGUAGUCUUUGAAAGAAAAAUGUGCUAUUUAUGAUAAAAUGUGGGCAGGGUAGGAUAAGUGCAGAAGGUCUUUUGUUCAGUCUGACUCACUCGGUGUAAAAAGGAAAAAAAAUUUGUCAUUAAAAUGUAGCGUAGUGUAGUGUGGAAAAUGGUGCAAGAUUUAGUUACAGACUUGCAGUUGUGUGUCGUAACUCCAAUGCUUUUAAGGUGAUGAGGAUUAUUUGGCACCGGGAUAUUUAUGCGGGGAACAUGGUGUAUUAGGAGUAACAGUUUUAUUCUUUGUUCUCUUAAGUUUGAGGAAAAAUUCAGUUGUAUAACCAAUGAUCCAGAAUAUGCCUUAUUUUUAUGUUAUGCAGUCACACGUGAGGUCAACAUGUUAACCAGCAGAUAUGACGUGGAGUCGUAUCUAUUAUUGCUUUAAAAGACGACGUUAACAGUUUGUUUGGUUUUUUUAAACGUCUUUGAAAACACCUUUGUGAUGGAAACGACGUGCAAUUUGGAAACUCGACAGACUUUUGUGGGAGGUGAUGCGUUUUCAUUUCAAUCAGCCGAUUGUUUAUGAAGGCAGUUUAUGUGACAGCUCAUUAGGAGAAAAGCUUUUCGUUGUACAGAACCUAAAAGUGAAAUGUAUAAGGUUUUGAAUUGCUAAUUUGUUGAAGCCGAGUUUAAGGCCUCAAACUGACUGUAACCUUUGAAUUCCCUGCACCCCCUUGUCCUGUUCUUUCAGCUAAUGUGUCUUUUUUAUUUUACAUGUAAGAUAUUUUCAUUCAUAGUGUCUAUAUUGGCAAAAAAAAAUGCUUGAAAAGCC